GGUCGCGGGCGUUUUUUCCCAACAAAAAAUCGAUGCCAUAAACUUAUCUGCAUGCAAAUCGUGAUCGUUGGCUCAGCUGUCAACGAUCAUAAGAGGAAAGGGGAACGGUCUGGUCGGCGCCACAGAUUUGCCCAAACGCGAAAUCUCGCAGUCGAGAUGCGUAUACUUACGAUUACAUUCGCAAUCUUCUUUGUCAUUCUCAGCACGGCACUUACUGUUAACUCUUUCAAUGUGCCAAAUGGAAUGUGUUAUGCGAACAGGGCGGGAGAUGACUGCAUGAGAUGCGACUGCAAAGGAAGGCUCAAGUGCUAUAGAGGAAAAUGCCGAUAAAUCCGCUCGCCACGCGAAAGUUUGGUUGUUGAGAAUACGAUUCGAACGGUUUGUUCCCGAAUAAAUUGUGCAUCGUUCUCUGAUAU